CGGGGCAGGGGCGGGGUAGGGAGGCUGCGGGUCCUCGACGCCGUCGUGCGUUGCGCUCGUUCCGCCUCCGCACCGCGACGCCUCGUGGCCCGUGGGCGCUCUCGCAGCGGCCGUCUCCCCCUUUCCUUGCCUCGCCACAGCUCGGUCUCUUCCGAAGGUCUGGAGAGCGGAGGCACUGCCGUGGAGCCCGGGAAAACGGUGAUGGAGCGGAGGCCACCGAGGAGGUCGCGGGGCGGCGGCGCGCGCUUGGCGCCCGGGCUAGUCCCCGCGUCCCGGCCCGCGGAGCUGCGGGGUGCGAAGCUCUGGCUCUUCCCCAGCGCCGACCCGCUCCGCAGCGCGCUGUCCCGGAGGACCGAGGCGACGCGCCAGAUGUGCUGCACGCGCGAACGCCUGGCUGUGCUGGAGCGCGGCGGCGCCGGCGUCGAGGUCCACCAGCUGCCGGCGGGGAGCGACGGCGCCAGGAAGCCGAAGUGCAUUAAGUUAGGGAAAAAAAUGAAGAUACAUUCCAUGGACCAAGGAGCAGAGCACAUGCUGGUUCUCUCCUCAGAUGGAAAACCAUUUGAGUACAACUAUAACAUAAAACAUGCAAGGUUUCAGUGCAUUUUACAAGAAAAAAAUAAUAUAAUUCAGAUCACAUGCGGAGAUUAUCAUUCGCUUGCACUCUCAAAAGGUGGUGAGCUUUUUGCAUGGGGACAGAACUCAGACGGCCAGCUUGGAGUUGGAAGAGGAUUUGCCUCGGUCCCUACACCGCAGAUCGUGGAGCACCUCUCAGGAGUCCCCUUGGUUCAGAUUUCUGCAGGAGAAGCCCACAGCAUGGCCUUAUCCAUGUCGGGAAACAUUUACUCAUGGGGGAGAAAUGAUUGUGGACAGCUGGGCCUGGGCCACACCGACAAUAAAGAUUCUCCUUCCCGUAUUGAAAUGCCGGACAAUCAGAAAGUUGAAUUUCUCGCUUGUGGUGGCUCUCACACUGCCCUGCUAACAAAGGGUGGGCUGGUGUUUACUUUUGGUGCUGGAAAGUAUGGGCAACUCGGUCACAAUUCAACACAGAAUGAGUUAAGACCCUGUUUGGUAACUGGACUCGUUGGGAAGAGAGUGACCCAGAUAGCCUGUGGAAGGCAGCACACACUUGCCUAUGUUUCUGAUUUGGGGAAGGUCUUUUCUUUUGGUUCUGGAAAAGAAGGACAACUGGGGAACGGUGGAACACAUAAUCAGCUGAUACCAUGUCCCAUGAAAUUGUCAUCAAAGGAAGAACUCACAUUUGAAAGCCAUACCUCAGAAAAGGAGUUAAUAAUGAUUGCUGGAGGAGAUCAAAGCAUUUUGCUUUGGGUGGAAAAAGAGAAUUCCUAUGUUAAUCUGAGGAGGAGAAUUCCUACCUUGAAUGAAGGCACUGUAAAGAGAUGGAUUGCUGAUGUGGGGACUAAACAGUGGCAGAAUACAAAAAGGGAAAUCAGAGAGAUAUUUUCAUCUCCUGCAUGUCUGGCUGGAAGUUUUUUAAGGGAAAGAAUAGCUGAAGAAACGAUGUCUCUUCAUUUGGACUUAAAUGCAGCAAGGGACACCUUUAUGGAGUUAACCCAAAAGGACUGGAUUACUAACACGGUGAUAACCACAUGUCUCAGGGAUACUCUGUUGAAAAAUCUUCCAUUUCAUUCUCCACAUCAAGAAGCUUUAGGAGUUUUCUUCCUUCUCCCAGAAUGUCCUGUGAUGCAUGAUUGUAACAACUGGGAGAGCCUGGUGGUUCCUUUCGCAGAGACUCUUUAUAAAAUGCGUGGCCAGUCGUCAGAGGUCCUAGAGGAAUAUUGGGCAUCUCUGCAAGAAGCUGCUUUCAUCAGACUGGUGCAGAUGUUUAAAACAGCCGUCAUUGCUCAGCUGAAUUACUGGGCUGGAACUACGGAGAAUAACUAUCACAUUAAAACUCUCCUAGAAAUGUUGAAAAAGCUGCACAGGGUAAACCAGACUAAAUGUCAGCUGCCUGAAAAUAUCUUCAAAGUAAAUGAACUCACACACUUGCUUGAUUUUUAUGAAGAUGCAUACAGAAGGACCGUCUGGAAAAUGGGCGCAGACACUUCAGUGGACAUCCACUAUCCUGUCAUAUUCAGUCAUUUUCCAUUUAUCUUUAAUAUUCUGUCGAAAGUUAAACUACUGUAUGCAGACUCACUUUUAAAAAUACAGGAGAAGAGAUGGCGAGCUUGCGCGAGUUUGGCUGGCAUCGUGGAACGAGAAAGGUCUGAAUUUGCCUUACUGCCCACCGUUAAUCUAACAGUCAGAAGGAGUCACUUGAUUGAGGAUGUUUUGAAUCAGCUAAAUCAGUUUGAGAAUGAAGAUCUGAGGAGGGAGUUACAGGUUUCAUUUAGUGGAGAAAUUGGAUAUAACUCUGGAGGAGUCAGAGCAGAGUUUUUCCGUUGUCUCUUUGAAGAAAUGACCCGGCCAGAAUAUGGGAUGUUCACAUAUCCUGAAGAGGCUUCCUACAUGUGGUUUCCUGUCAAGCCUAAAUUUGAGAAGAAGAGUUAUUUCUUCUUUGGGGUUCUGUGUGGACUCUGCCUGUUCAGUCGCAAUGUUGCCAACAUCCCUUUCCCGCUGGCUCUGUUUAAGAAACUUUUGGACCAAGUGCCAUCGUUAGAAGACUUGAAAGAACUCAGUCCUGUUCUGGGAAAGAGUUUGCAGACCCUUCUGGAUGAUGAAGGCGAUGACCUUGGAGAAGUAUUCCACAUCCAUUUUAAUGUGCAUUGGGACAAAAAUGAUGUAGACUUAAUUCCUAACGGAAGUCACAUAACUGUCGACCACGCUAACAAGAGAGACUAUGUUUCUAAGUAUGUCAGUUACAUCUUCAACAUCUCUGUAAAGGCGGUUUAUGAAGAGUUUCAAAGAGGAUUUUACAAAGUGUGCGACAAGGAGAUUAUUGAAUUUUUCCAUCCGGAAGAACUCAAGGAUGUGAUUAUUGGAAAUACAGAUUACGACUGGGAAACAUUUGAAAAGAAUGCACGUUACGAACAAGGAUAUGACAGUUCACAUCCCACCAUAGUGAUGUUUUGGAAGGCUUUACACAAAUUGACUUCGGAGGAAAAGAAAAAAUUCCUUGCGUUUCUUACAGGAACGGACAGAAUUCAAUUAAUAGGCUUAAAGAACAUGAAAAUAACAUUUCGCUGUCCUGAAGAUUUGAAUGAGAAAGAUCCCAUAAGGGCACAGACGUGUUUCAGUGUCCUCUACCUCCCUAAAUACUCUACAAUGGAAAGAGUAGAAGAAGCGCUGCAAGUAGCCAUCAACAGCAACAGAGGGUUCGGCUGACUGUACCUCUCACUCUUUCCCCCUUUCGGGAGAUACUUUCAAAAAUAAAGUUAACUCAGAAAUGAACAUAAAAGUCUUGCUGACUGUUCAGUGUGUUUACCUGCUUUUUUAGAAUGGCUGUUUUUGCAUGUAAGAUGUAUUAGUAGUGAUACAGAUUAGGCUGUUAAAACAAGGUGACCCUGAAACCCAGUGCAUCAGGUGAGACGGAAGGGAUUUUUUUACCUCAUAAACGUCUGGGUGGUGCGUCCAGGGGCUGACGUGGUGGCUCUCCCUCUCACACUGCUCUAGUAAAAGUCACAAAUGACUUUCUUGUUGCAAAUUUCAAUGGAAACUUGCCCAUUUCCAUCUUAAAGGUAUUUAUUGCAUUUGAAACUGUUGACUGCUUUCUCCUCAAAACUCUCAUGAACUGCUAGGCUUUCUUUUUUCUUCGCUGCUUCCUCAUUUCCUUUGCAUGUUUCUCUUACACUCCCUCGACCUAAAGUGCUAGCGUGGGCGUCUUUUCCCAGUCUGCACGUACUCGUCGUCGCCAUGGAGUCAGUUAUGACUUCCAUGCUGAUGGUACCCAGAUCUCUCUCUCUCUUUGCCUGACAGGAACUGAUAAGAGUCCAGCACUGCAGCCAUCGUUCUGCGUGCCCUGUGUCUACCUGCAUGCCUCUCAGCUCCUUCAUCGCAGCAUGUUCAAGAAGAAGAUGGCCAUCUUCCUGUACUCAGCUUGGAAUGGUACCACCGAUCCCUCCUACCGCCAUCUUCCUUUCCACCCUCUCCUUCCCUCCCUACGUUAAAAGUAUCAGUCAGGUUUUGACAAUUCUAAUUCUCAUCUCCCUCUAAGCCCACUGCCAGUGCUUUAGUUCAGGCUCUCACCAUCUCUCCCAUCGCUGCGGUUGUCUCUCAACUGGUCUCCUUGUAUCUAGACCAACACUGUCCAGUAGAACUUUCCGUGAGGCUAGAAAUCUAGAUCUGCGCCAUUGAAUAAGAUGGACCCCUGCUGUAGUUAAGGUUUAGCUGUUGAAUUUUGAAGAGAGAAAACUUUUGUUGGUAGUAGUGGCAGAAAAAGUGUAAAACUGUGCUGUCCAAUGUAUGGCUAUUUAGCUAAAAUGAGAUUGAAAAUUCAAGUGCUGAGUAUCUACGUGUGACUGGUGGCUACGGUAUUGGUGCAGAUUUGAGCACGUGCCACCCCGGGGGUCCAUGACACACAAAACCUCUGCAAGUUUGCAUGUGCUUUUUCUUUUCCUUUUUCUGGGAAGAAGAGCCAUAUCAGCUGCAUAUAUCAAAACAAUUUUCAAAUCAAGCAAUAACGUCCAAUCUCAUCAACACUGUUAUUCCAGUUCCCAAAUCCAUCCCGACGUGCCUCCUGGUCUCCCCCACAGCCCUGCAUACACAGUGUACCCCAUUCUUGUCGUUUGCAACCAGCUCAGUUUCCUGAACAGGCUGCAGUCUCCUUCCUGUGUUUUCACACAUCGUUUUUCUUCUGCCUGGAACCCUCUGCUCACCCCACCUGCACCCCUCCUGCUUCCUCACCUCCUGUCUUCAGUUCCACCACCUCCUCUGUCUGGGUUAUUCCCAGUCGUUUCUCAGGAUUCGCUGCAGCUGUCAGGCCUGUCUAGUAGAUGCCAUGAGAGUGAAUUAGUAAGUUUGUGGAAUAUGGCUACCUAGCUCAGAAUUCCCCAACUACAGUCUUCUUUCAGUUUCCUUCCCAGAGCUUAGCUGCCCGUGGUCCCAGGAGUUAGCUGGAAGUGCCACCUAGUGGCUGGUGCAGAAGAUAGCAGUCACUUCCAAAUGGAGCAUUCCAGUAAGUGGCACAAAACGCCCGUCCCCUUUCCACACACAGUGAGACUCUACUAUGGCUCUUGGCUGUACCAUGUAAUUCCUUAUUUCCUGCCUCACGUAAAACUCCCACCAGGUCUGCGACAACUUCCAUGUCACAGAUGCAGAGUCUGAAGUUCAAAGAGCCUUCCUUAAAAGCCCACUCUGCAGGAAUGGAAGAAAAUGAAGAGGGAAAGUAGGUCGCGACCAGUCCUUUCUUGCUCCCUCAGGGUGGAAAACCCCCACUUAGAAAGCUGGUGGGAAGGAGUUUAUUCACAAGGUGGCUAAAGAUGGUCCCCGACAGUGAUGCGGUGAGGACAGUAGGCAAGGUAGUCUUGCUGAGAGGCUCUGGGGAGGCAGGAGGCCCCUGCCACUGUGGAGUCGGCUAAUUAUUGGGGAGGAAGAGUGGGGAGAAGUCCCAGUUAGUGAAAGAAUCAGGCCGUAUUUCUCACGGUGGGUUUACACUGCGACAGCUAUAGGUGGUGAGGUCAGUGUCGUGAUGUGCGUGGCAUUCUGUAACGGGAAGCUGGUGCAGGAAUCCCCAUAACGGACAGAAAGCAAGGAUGAUGUGCUUGUGAGGAACUUAGGAACGUGAGAAAACUGGAGAAUUCCCAAGAAAGUGUGUCAUAUCUCAGGGGGCCACUAGAAGCAGCAGCAUGUGGUAGACAAAAUUCAGCAGACCUAUAUUCCAUUAUUGUCCGUGUCUCUAACGCUUGACUCCAGCAAGUGACUUGGAACCACUGAACCUUACUUAUGCCGAACAUACAGAUACUGGUUUUCUGGGGUUAUUUUUGGUAACAGCUUUAUUGAUACACAAGUCUCAUAACAUAUAAUUCAGCCAUGUACAUUGUACAACUCAAUGGAUUUAGUAUAGUCACAGAAUCGUGCAAUCAUUGCCACAGUCGAUUUCAGAAUACAGUGCUUGUUUUAUCAGCAAAAUUCUUUCAUUUACACUGACCAUAGUGAGAUUUAGGGCAAAUUAAAAAGAAAAAUAAUGCCAUUUCAGGAAAUGAUGGAUAUCUCUAUUGUCUUCCGUGUUAUUUGUAUAUUGCCAUAGAGUUUUUUUUUUUUUUUGGCUGCAUUGGGUCUUUAUUGCUGCGCACUGGCCUUCUCUAGUUGCAGCGAGCGGGGGCUACUCUUCGUUGCGGUGCGUAGGCUUCUCAUUGCGGUGGCUUCUCUUGUGGAGCACGGGCUCUAGGCAUGCAGGCUUCAGUAGUUGCAGCACGUGGGCUCAGUAGUUGUGGCACGCAGGCCCUAGAGUGGGUGGGCUUCACUAGUUGUGGCGCACGGGCUUAGUUGCCCCGCGGCAUGUGGGAUUUUCCCGGACCAGGGCUCGAACCCGUGUCCCCUGCAUUGGCCGGCGGAUUCUUAACCACUGUGCCACCAGGGAAGUCCUUGCCAUAGUUUUUAAAACAUGACUUGUACUACAGUAUAUACAUUGAAUUAAUGCAACAGGAAACACAUCCAACCUCGUUUU